AUGCUUUUCAUACUGUGGCUAAUCGUAGUCAUAAUUUCUGUGGGCCUUUAUGCUCGAACCACACAGCGAAGUCGGCAAAGUCAGGAUUCGCAUCUUCCUCCCGGUCCCCGACCCAGGCCCAUCAUUGGCAACCUUAGGGAUCUUCCUAACCCCGAUGAGCAGGACUGGCAGCACUGGCUAAAGCACAAGGCACUUUAUGGACCUAUCAGCUCACUUAGUGUGCUGGGUAAGACUAUCAUCAUUCUGAAUGAUGCUCAGUUAGCUUCUCAGCUUCUUGAAAAGCGAUCUGCUAUCCAUUCUUCUCGUCCUCAGCAGAACUUCACUGAAAUGUCGGGCUGGCAAAAUGUACUUGGAGGAUUGAGAAAUCCAGAGCAUGUCAGGAUGACUCGCAAAUAUCUGUAUCAAGAGAUUGGUUCAAAUAACUCCGUCGCUUGUUUCAACAGUGUCCAGAUAACAGAAGUGAGUCGAUUCUUGCUCAGGGUAAUGAAUGAGCCUGAAAAGCUCCAACAGCACAUUCGAAAAGAGGCUGGGGGGAUCGUUCUUAAGAUCGCAUACGGCUACACCAUUGAUCCCCAUUCUCCGGACCCACUUGUCGAUCUAGCCGACAAAGCAAUGGAGGACUUUUCGUCCGCAUUGCUCCCAACGGCAUGGGCGGUUAACUUUAUUCCAAUACUGAGAUAUAUACCUGCCUGGUUCCCUGGCGCAGAUUUCAUUAAAACCUGCCAGGCGUAUAAAAGGAGAGCUGAGGCAUUUAGCGACAUCCCAUACGAGUUCGUCAGGCAGCAGAUGGCUACCGGUGUUUGUGCACCGUCAUUCCUAUCCAAUCUUCUCCGAAAGUGCGAUGUGGAACCAGGGUCCGAAGAAGAAAGGAUCAUCAAAUGGUCGGCUGGGUCACUAUACGCUGGAGGAGCAGACACGACAGUCUCUGCAAUCGCCAGUUUCUUUCUUGCUAUGGCCUUUUACCCUGAGGUGCAACAGAAAGCCCAGCAAGAGCUAGACACGGUGGUUGGGGGUGAGGGCCUCGCGCAAUUUGAAGAUCGAGCGAAGCUUCCAUACAUUAAUGCGCUGGUCAAAGAGGUUCUUCGGUGGCACCCAGUCGUGCCUACAAAUAUACCACACGUAUCAACCCAAAAUGACACUUGCGAAGGGUAUUUCAUUCCCAAGGGAUCAUCGAUUGUGGCCAAUAUCUGGGGCUUUACACACGAUCCGAAUGUCUACUCUGAUCCUAUGGCCUUCAAACCGGAACGUUUCUUGGCUGGUCCAGAUGACCAUGCUCCAGAGCGAGACCCCCACAUGCUUGUCUUUGGAUUUGGCCGUCGAGCUUGCCCGGGACGUACUCUAGCCGACUCCAACAUUUUCCUUACUAUUGCAAGGUCUCUGAAUGUGUUUAAGAUAUCGAAACCGCCGAAAGGUCUAGAAUCUCAAGAUCUCAACGUCAAGUUCCUCCCGGGAGUUAUCAGCCAUCCAGCCCCAUUCAAGCUAUCUAUACAGCCCAGAAGUGCCGCACAUCGGGACUUGAUCCAGUCACUGGAACAAUCUUUCCCGUGGAAAAAGGGCGAUGCUGAAUUCCUCGUGGGUGUACACCACUAG